GUGGUGGAAGCCUUCGAGAAUCUGCGUCAUCAGGCACCCGGUUUGAACUUCCGGUUUCUCUGGGCUUCGCCUGCGGCGCAUGCGUGAGUCUACCGUGACGUCAUCACUCCUAGCAACCGGCAUGGCGACGGUGAAGCUUUGCAAUGCUACGCGGGUGCUAUAAGAAGCUAGCAUUACGUUUUCAUUAUUCGUCGCCUCGCCGCGUUAAAAAAAAUGUUAACGAUAAACUGUGUUGUACUUUCUGGAUGUAUUGAGACUCUGCUGUUGCGGUUUGGAAAGUGUGUUGGAGAAAAUGGGAUACGCUGAGAGUUGCGUUGACAUGCAGUCGAGAAGAAGGAGUGUAUUAUCUGGCCCUGGGUCCAGCCUUAACAUUACAGGGCAGACAUUGAAAAGUAGCCCAUUUUGUCCUCACUCCUCAGGCAAGUGGGCCCAAGCUAUGAUUAAAGAUCACAUGGUGUCUCACUACAAACGGAUUUAUUCAGCUAAAGCUGUGAUCGACACCUCAGUACCCAAAAGCCUUACGCAGAGUGUGAGGUACUUGGACCGGAUGAAGCAGGAACGUAUGAAGAAAGGCAGUCGUCCCCAGUCAGCGCCGUCGCUCUCGCACAGGAACAGCAGAGCCUCGUGUUACUCAGCACAAAGUCGAUGUUCCGUGCAGUCUGAAUAUGCGCCCUACCUCUGCUCAAGAAACUCUAUGCUCUCCGCCCCCGGAUUUAGUAGCUCCUUUCACGCGAAGGAGGUUCCCUCUCCAUCAACUAAAGCUGCCCCUCAGAAUCAACAUCAUCAUCGGCCUCAUUCCGUCGCGGAACUCAAGUUCCGAAGCCAGGAGCCGACGUCCCACGGGUGGCCGUCGGCAUGUGACCCGUCGACCUCGGGCGAACCGAGCUUCGUCAAGGCGUUCCAGGAUCCCGUGCAAAAGACGUACAGCGGUGACUUGCUCCAGAAACAUUCGCAGCGCUUCACCCAAGACAAGCCUUUUACGCCGAAGAUGCUGAAAUCCGAGAAGAGCUCAUACCUGUCUAGUUAUCGCUACUACCGAGCACCGCGGGGCACCAAACUGGCUGAAGAGUGCGACGACUUGAGAUCGGAGAAAGGAGCAAAAACUAUGCAGCACACACAGGAGUUGUAUGACCCAUCUCAGGAACUCAAUAAAGAACAGCAGUUGGCUGAGACCGAGUACACCGGCACAUAUUUAAUAACGCCAAAACAACAAACAAACAAGAGCCGAGACUGUGAUCCCUUCGACUAUUCCACCAGCUUCUCACUUGAGGGCCUAAACGUGUCUCCAAGUGCAGAGGAUGAAGAAUUAAUGUACCUGGAAUUUAUUUCUGAUGUAACGGAGGACAUCUUGUCCAGAGGAUCUGUCUCUGACAGGGUCCUCAACCGGGUGAUACAGCGGCAUAUUGAUAUGAAUCUGCAUCGUCUGGAUGAAGCUAAAAUGCGCCACCUUCUGGAUAUCCUGCGCAACAACCUGGACGAACCUUCCGCCCCGUCCUCUUACGGCGAGGAUCUUGGGAAAAAAGACCUGCUCGAUUCCCUCCAGGUGAUGCCCGAAUCGGCCCUGGAGCAGGUGAAAAGCGAAGAGGACAACAACAACUUUUCUUACGUGAGCAAACGCGACAAUUCUCCAGAGCACUGCCUCGAGCCCGUGUUGAGCUCCACACCGGUGUGGUCUCCUGAGAGAAGUUCUCCUCUAACAACGAAUGAAAAGCCGCAGGAGGAGGAAAACAACUGGGAAAAAGGCGUGAGUGAACAUGUUAGCAAUAAUGAAGGAAAGGAUGAAGAGGACGACCAACCGCUUGUGACGAAGCAGCCACAGGCAGACGGUGAAGCCAGACAUGAGGAGUUCCUUGAGGACCAAGCUGAGGUAGAUGUUGAAAGGCAAUCCAAAGAGCUUGAAGACCUGGAAAGAAGGUUUUCAGAGUCGCUGCAUGUCGAACAAGACACUAAAGAUGACAACUUGGACUCUUCCAGUGAACACCAAACAAAUACACUGGCUUCUGUCAGCGACGACGGCUUUUGAAUAUUGUGAUUUUACACAGUGAUCCCGGAAUCAGACAAUUACACGCGUGCAAAAAUGCUCACCAGCCCCUUUCCAGCUACUUGUUGAAGCCGGCUCUUUCCUGCCUUCCUCCGUCGAUGCGGAAUGGGAUGAAAUCCAUCCAUAGAUGUAUUUAAAAAAAUAAUAAUUAUAGAGCUUGUCCUAUUGAGGGUUGCGGGGAGCUGCAGCCUAUCCUAGCUGACUUUGAGUGAAAGCCAGGCGACAUCCUGAACUGAUCAAUAGUCAAUCACAGCCAGGCACAUAUCGAGACAGACGUCCAUUUGCGCUCACAUUCGAGUCGUCACUGAAUGGGAACUCAACACAACAGGGUGGUAGUUGUGUGAGGAUCAAGUGUGAUACAUCGCACCCCUGUCCCGCCAUUCAAAAGCCCACUUUCACACACGUUUUCAGCAAAAUUGCUGCGUCAGAAAUGUGAAAGUAAAGCUUGAAUUUUUUCUCACCAGUGCCUUUUCGCACAGAACCCCAACGAAGCGGGAUAUUGACAAAACUGUAUGCACUGACACACAGUGACACGGCAUCCCAUAAUCAGAUGAUUAGAUGUGUGACUGGUGUGCCGUAUAAAACACUAGAAAGCGACAAUGGCUUUAAACACAACAGAAGUGACUGCCGAGCAAGGUACUUCACACCCUGGUAUCUUCUUUUCAAUACAUUGUUCCUCCGCAUUUUCAUUACAUGUGCAUUCAUCUAUUCAUGGAUUAAAAAAACAAAAACAAAAAAACUAUCCUCUGUUAAUUGCUAAAGUACCUUAAGAUGCCACAAGAUGGCGCCAAAGCUCUGUUUUAACAGCAAAGUAGUUUAUUUGGCUUCAUUUUGUGACAUCUUGAUGCUAAGGAACUUAAAAGGGAAUACAGCAGCUUCUAUUCGACAUGGAAAAGUAAGUGUUAUGGCGCCACCCGAUGGCAUAUGUAAGCAAUUAUAAAUCCUUUUGGGGUGCAUCAUUUACCUGAGAUUUUUUGUUUUGGAGGGGGCUAUUUGUGGCAGGGCUUUUUCCAUUUGCGGCGAGUUACUCCCUUUUACACAACUGCCGUUCUGUCUCAUGUUUACACCUCUGAUACUAAUUAGGGAGGCUUCAACCUCUCAGACGAUAUAGCAAUAAGGGCACUUUGUCAGGCGUACAAAAGGGCUCAACAUUCACGAUUUCCACGCUGAUACUACCACGAAAUGUGGAAUAUUGGCGUUUUUGGGGGGGGGGGGGGGGGGGGGGGGGAGAAUCCUGUGUUAUCAGCUAAGAGUUGCUAAAGACCGAUAUAGUUGUGUACAUUUUACAAGAGGCUUUUUUUGUGUGUGUUACUGUUGUGAAAUGAAUAAUACAGCAUGUGUUACUGUGAGUUAGGUUUUUCUUGGUUGACAGAGGUGAAUCACCACAAAGUGCUUUUCAAUUUUCAAUAAAUUGUUCAACACGGUG